AGCCACGUCACCCAUUGCCUGUAGUGGAAUAGCUAAAGUGAGCUCGGACUAGGGCUUUCUUGGGGACAAGACCCUGCUUUGGACUGGAAUAGAUCUUCCUGGGAGGGGAGGGAGGGCAAAGAUUCUCUUUAGGAAUUGCAGGGAGAGAAGAGGCUAGGUAGGAAGUGGGUUUGAUAAAACAGACAUUAAAUAUAGCAGGAGGGAAGCACAUCCUGGGAGAGAGAGCUGUGCUGGAGAAAGUUUUAGCACCAGGCAAGAGAGUUUUACUUCAUCUCUGCCAGAAGACGGGAAAGAGAUCUCAGACUUAGAGAGAAAGAAGGUUUAAUUAGGAGGCAGAGUCAGGGGCAAAGAAAGAUCCACUGUGGUUUUAACAAGCAAAAGAGAAAAUUGGUUGGGAGAAAGCAGGGGAGUCCCCCAGCCUUCCCUGCCACUCAAAAUUAAACUUUGACAAGUUUUUGGAACAAUGAAUGUCUUCCGGAUCCUGGGAGACAUCUCCCAUUUGCUGGCUAUCAUCAUAUUACUGGUCAAGAUCUGGAAGUCUAAGUCCUGUGCUGGUAUCUCUGGGAAGAGCCAGAUCCUUUUUGCUCUUGUCUUCACAACCCGUUAUCUUGACCUAUUCAACACCUUCAUCUCAAUUUACAACACCGUCAUGAAGGUCAUUUUUCUGCUGUGUGCCUAUAUCACUGUGUACAUGAUCUAUGGAAAGUUCCGUAAAACAUCUGACAGCGAGAAUGACUCUUUCCGUCUGGAAUUCCUCUUGGUCCCCGUCACAGGCCUGUCGUUCCUGGAGAACCACAGCUUCACUGCUUUGGAGAUCCUCUGGACCUUCUCCAUCUACCUGGAAUCAGUUGCUAUCCUUCCACAGCUCUUCAUGAUCAGUAAGACAGGAGAGGCAGAGACCAUUACAACACACUACCUCUUCUUCCUGGGUCUCUACCGUGCUCUCUACAUCGCAAAUUGGAUCUGGCGCUACCACACCGAGAACUUCUAUGACCAGAUUGCUGUGGUUUCUGGGGUGGUACAAACCAUCUUCUACUGUGAUUUCUUCUACCUUUAUGUCACCAAAGUCCUGAAGGGAAAGAAGCUAAGUCUUCCAAUGCCAGUCUGAAGACACUUCCAUUACGCAUGAAGCUCCUGCAGAUGCAGUAUCAGGAUGACAGCUAUUCUUUUCUGCCCCUUAUUGGAUUUAAAAAAAAAAAAGACACAAAAAAAAGGCUCAGCUACAAAUCUCCAUCCAGAAUCAGGAAAACAAGAGGCUUGGAUAGCAGAGAAGAUUUUGAUUUCUUCAUGACUUUCCUCUUGAGUGUUUUUUUGGGGGGUUGUUUUUGUUUGUUUUGGGGGGGUUUUUUUGCUUAAGUGAAUUUAUGCUUAUAAAUGGUAUUGGCUAUUGACGAAGUCCUCUCUUCUCACAGUAGGUGUAGCAGUGCAAGCUCUCUCCCUUCCAGCACCUAUUUUCAAAGUCUGCUUAACAGAUCACCUCAAGGAAGGAGGCAAGAUUUGUCUUCACCCCCAUUCAAUAGUCUUUGUUUAAAGACUGCCAUGUCUAAAGACUGCCAACAGUAAUGCAAUUGGGUGAUAUAGGGGUAUGUUUGCUAACAACUAAACGAAGAAUACCAAUCUAUUUCACAGCUGGUCCUGGGCAACAAGUGAUAGAUUGACUUUACAAUUAAUACCAUAUAAAUAGUUAUGAACUAGCAACCCAAGAGAUGGAGUCACCAGUUCUCAUGCUACCUAAGGCCUAUAAUAUUAAGGGAAUCUCUUCGUUUCAAACUCCAAGGAUGACCACAGAGGACCUUUCAAUACUGGAAGUACUCAAACAUUCCUCUCCAUUCAGUGUCUUCCAAUGAUAAGUUUCUGAUGUUCUACAGAGAGUAAGCAUUUUUAUCAAGUUAUACUAGCUUACUGACAAGUGCUACCCCGGACUGCAUCUUUUAUAUAAAUUGGGGAGGGAAUGGAAAAUGGGGGUGAAGACAGUUUGCACUGCGUAAAUAAAGACAAGUUCAAAAUUUUAUUGACAACAGUGUUUUUAUUUAUACCUACAAAAGAAAACAAGAUGGUAUCAAAAGGACAAUUUACAAAGAGUAACAUAGCUCUUAGUAUCCUGUGUCUGAACACCACAGAUCUAUGAAUCUCUCAAUUCAAGUCUUCGUUAAUACAACAGGAAUGUGUUCAGAGACCAGCAAGGGUGUGAAACAGAGCACUGAUCCCACACAAAAGCCACUUAGCCUUCUGUUGUUGAGAGAAGUCCACACAGUACAUUGUUUCAGGAAGUGGGAGGGGAGGAGAGAUGCCUGACUCAUUUGACACUCCCACAAACAUUUACAGAUUGAAAACAAUGCCAACUAUAGUAGACAAUAAUGUUGUAACAAGGGCUCUUUAGCUGGUACAUGGAACAGAGCAACAAGCACCAGGUGGGACAGGGGCAGCAGCACAUGCCACUGUGCAUAAAACGAUCAGGUUAGCACUCAAGGUUGGCCAUGAGACUCUGGACUGCAGUUGACCUCAAGUUACGUUAAAACAUUGCAAGACUUAGCAUAAUUGUUUUACACCUGCGCAAGUCCCUGAAGGAAG